AUGGAGUUUCAACACUGCCUUUCCUCUUGCCCUUCUUAUCCUCCAUUGGCCCCGUUUACAGCUUGCGACCCCAAACAAGCUUACGCCACGGGAAGAGGCAUCCAACCCCAGGGCGUUAGAGUUCGCGAUUUGGCAGAUUUCAAAGUUCACACGGAGGAGGCCGGGGAGGGUCAGCUUGAAACAACAGUUCUGGACCCAGGUGAAGCACAGAUACACGCACGCACACAUCAGAUAUACGCUUUUUUAUUCUACAAUUUUGCCUCGGAUGCCGCCCAGGAGAGAUGA